AUUUGUGCUAAACUUCACACAUAUUUUUGUAUACAAAAAAUCAAUAUUCAAUUGUCAAGCAAAUCCUAACUCACACAUUAGCAUAUCUUAAAACGUCCAGGUCAAAUUUUUGUCAAGAGCAUGAGUACCUGUUUGGAACGGUUUUUUUGCCCAAAUAAACCUGUUUGCAGCUCUGGCAGAAGGGCCACAUUCUAUUAUCCUGGAGGUGGGUCUUACUCUGGUUACUGGCUAUGCAACAAACACCAGGGCUGGGGCGUCAAAAAGACGGCAAAACGAACUUCCCAGUAUUUUUUGGGUAAAAAGCAUCCUGAGGGGCAGCUAGUCUACGAGGGUCACUGGUAUCAGGGCAGGAGGCAGGGAGUCGGAUCAAUGCUUCGUAAGCGAGGCACUGAUGUACAGCUGAUAUAUUCUGGAAGAUGGUACGAUGACAUGAAAUGUGGAGAGGGCAAGCAAUUCUAUCCCGACGGUUGUGUCUAUUUCGGAAAAUGGCUAAGAAACCGUCGACACGGACUGGGUAUCCAAUGGUACAAUGAUGGCAGUAUCUAUGCGGGCGAGUGGGAGACUGAUUUCCGUCAUGGUCUGGGCAUCAUGUUCUACGCUAAUGGUAAUCGCUACGAGGGACACUUUGCACGCGGCUAUAAAAAUGGUGAGGGUGUCUUCUAUCAUAUGCACACGGGUCAAAUCCAAAAAGGAAUGUGGGACAAUGAUAACGUAAAGACGUCGGUGAUGCAGGAUGAUCCUAAAAUUCGGUGCAAUGUGGCAGUAACUCCGUAUCCGAUUCCACGAAACUAUCUUAAAUACCCCAACGAAAUAAUGCGAGAACUCUUUCAGAGAUACAAAGAUUUUAGCGAUAAGCCCCAUCGUAGAUUCAACGACAAAGUCAGUCUUGACUUCAUACAUCAUCACCGACAUUACGCCUCCUUUGAAGAGCGCUUCGCGUCGCCAACAAUUGUGGACCUUUAUCCCAGUGCUGAGUACGCAUGUACUUGCAAGUGUGAACAGAUUGCGCGAAAUGAAACCAAUGUUAGUCAGAUCUAGUUAGUUAAACGAUGGUUUCGCACAAUUGAUUUAAAAAUUUGAAGGAAUACUAAAAA